AAAAGGCAAACUUUUUCUUGGAGGCGUUUGCUCACUAAUUGCUUUGCUGUCUCUGCUUCCCACUUUCAAAUGUUACGCAGUGAGCUCUACACGGUUGAUAGUUCAUUUUGCCUUAAUCUCUUCUCUGCCCUUUAAUUCUUAAAGAGCUUGCGAUCUGCCAUGGGAGAAACCAAAAUCAAAAGCAAAGCCAUUUUACGUUUCCAAAGCAUUCAGGGUCUCGCUCCCUCGGAAACUACGACGCUCGAUGAGCCUCUCUACCGUGCUGUCCGCCUCCGUUACGAUUCCAACGGCGGUCUUGGCGGUGGUUCUCCUAAUUUCGCCUGUCUUUCGAUUUCGGAGAAGAGAGAACAGCGGCAACGAGGUUUCAAGCCCGCCCCGGGUCAACUCCUCAACCACCCUUUGGCUGCUUUAUCUUACGUCCCCAGAGACGCUGCCAUUUUCGCUGCUGGCGCCGUCGCCGGAGCCGUUGCUAAAACCGUCACGGCUCCCCUCGAUCGCAUUAAGCUUCUUAUGCAGACUCAUGGGGUGAGAGCUGGGCAAGAGAGUGCAAAAAAGGCUAUUGGUUUCGUUGAGGCAAUUGUAGUGAUUGGGAAGGAGGAAGGAAUUAAAGGGUACUGGAAGGGCAACCUUCCUCAGGUGAUAAGAAUCAUACCUUACAGUGCUGUCCAACUCUUUGCUUAUGAAACUUACAAGAAACUUUUCAAGAGAAACGACGGUGAGUUAUCAGUUGUCGGAAGACUUGCUGCUGGAGCUUGUGCUGGCAUGACAUCUACUUUUAUAACAUAUCCGUUAGAUGUCCUCAGACUACGUUUAGCAGUGGAACCAGGGUACCGGAAAAUGUCUGAGAUUGCCUUGACCAUGUUGCGAGAGGAAGGUUUUGCAUCCUUUUAUUAUGGUCUAGGACCUUCUCUCAUUGGCAUAGCUCCUUAUAUUGCUGUGAACUUUUGCAUAUUUGACCUCUUCAAGAGGGCCUUGCCAGAAAAAUAUCGCCAGAAGACUCAAGCAUCUCUACUAACAGCUAUAGUGUCAGCCACUGCUGCUACCAUCACUUGCUAUCCUUUAGACACUGUGAGAAGACAAAUGCAGAUGAGAGGUUCACCGUACAAAUCGGUUUUGGAAGCCAUUCCAGGUAUCAUCGAACGCAAUGGAAUUAUUGGCUUGUACAGAGGUUUUCUCCCCAAUGCAUUGAAAAACCUACCAAAUAGCAGCAUUAGGCUUACCACCUUCGACAUCGUCAAACGUCUACUUUCGGCUAGUGAGAAAGAGUUUCAGAAAAUCGUGGAUGAAAAUCGCCGGAAAGAUAAGGAUGAAACCGGUGUUGGUGAAUCCCGAUCCUUGUGAUUUUCCAAGUCAGUUUUUACAGUGCAGUUGCUGUCGAGCUUUUCUUUUGGAACUCAUGAAUUUCUCGCUUAUAUUUGUGCUUGGAUGGUUCUCUAGAUUGCCAAAGGUUGUGCAAUAGUCGGGUGUUUUGGCAUAUCUUUAUUUUAU